CGAAUUUCGUAGGAGUCGCUGUUCCGCGGGUAACCGCCGAGCCCGAAACUAACGUUCAGUGCGUUAGGCAGCCGGAAUUGUACACAUUAUAUUAUUACUAAUAUUAUUAUGUGUGCACGGAAAGAUAACUUAUUAUUGUUUUAAUAUUCAAUUAGUCUUAAAUAUUUUGAAAACUAUCUAGUCAGUUUUUUUUUUUUUUCCGUUAACUUUAAUCAUAUCUUGUUUUUGAUAAUUAUUAAUAUUAUUUUUACACUUUUAUUUGGAAAUAUUAUAUUAUACGUGUUGAUUUCACAAUUAUUUUGGAUUUAAGUACACGAUUUUGAGAUGCAGGGUAUUGGUAUUAAGACACAAGACCAUGGGAUUCUACCUGCGAGCAAAGACAUUGGAAAAAGUCGGCGAAAAUCUCGAUGGAAGCUUAAAUUUCAUCAUCAAGCAUUACCUCCAGAGUAUUUGAAUCAUUAUGAAGCGUCGAUGAUGUCUACUCAACCAUCUCCCGCGAUUUCAUCGUCUCCGUCACCUGUUCUUUUCACGGGAAAUGUCAAAUCGAAACUACCACUGGAAGCUCAAACUAGUGUCCGUUUUGAUGAUCUACCAUACAUGGGAGAGAUGACGUUAGACAAUGCAAAACCACGGAGGGGACGCAAACCAAAAAAGGCUGAUAUAUGUCAUUUGAUAUAUAAAAACUACGGUACAACUGUCGUAGAAGAACCUUUGAACCUGUGCGUCAGGGACCAGAUAUCAUCGAUAAAUGAUUUUCAACUACCUGGUUCUGCCAGUCUCCAAGAAACAUUGAAUCUGCAAUCAAAAGACUCCAAACGUAAGAGCAAAAAGUCACUGGCCAGAGAGCGUUUGGAAAAAACAUUCAAAGAAAAAGGUUUCUUGAUACAGACGCAACAACUGGAAUCCGCUCAAGGAGCCACGUACUGCAAAUUUAGACAGUUAAGGAAGUUUACACGGUAUCUGUUCAGAAGCUGGAAACAUCAUUUACCUGGUGAUGUCGUAGACAACGGUGUCAAUAGUCAAAUUACCUGAAUUGUCCACUAACUAAUAUGAUUUAUGAGUGUUGUUUCUAUGAGUGAAUUAUAUUUAAUAAUUCUUAGAACUCAAUACACGGACGAGUGUGAAAUGUGAAUAUCUAAGUGUUUAGAAGCGAAAUUAAAACCAAUGUGUUAAGAACACAAUUUAAUAAUUUAUUGGAGACAAAGAAAUUUUAUUGAUGAGUGUUAUUGUACAAAUUUGAAAAAGAAAAACGUAUUUGCCAAAGGAAAACAUCGAAUAUAAAUGUCUGAAUGACGUUAAAAUAUAAACAAAGCACAAACAUAAAGCAAAAUUAACUUUGAUAUUUGUUUUAUGAAAUCUUUCCUUACUGUACGAUAGGUACUACCGUACAUCUAAUAUUCCUUGAUAGGAAUCAUUAAACUCGUGUACUUCAAUUUACAUCAAUGAAUACCAAUGCAAUUUAAACGAAGAAAAUAGUUAAUUAAUUGGUGACAAAAUAAUAGUAUUGAAAACAGACUAUCCAUUAUUAAAUGAGUUUUUACUAUUCUUUAAUAUUCUUGUGCUUCACGCAACAGUAACGUGGUGGCGCCGCACCGUGGUGGUUAAAAUGAAGAUUUUUCUAUACAUUUGUUUACUUCCUUAAAUACAAUUGGGGAAUGAGCCAAAUGAUGACCUUGGUAUAAGUUACAGUGUUUCACUAUACCAUUUUUAAAAACACAUUCAGUACAAACGUGAACUUUAUUAUAUUAUAUUGUAAGGAAUGACGAAAUAAGAAUAAAGACAACUAUAAUAUUAAUUGUCUACAUACUCGUAAGUCGUAUUAUAGUUGUAACUGUCUUUAUGAUAUGACUUUGUGAGAUUCAAUUUUCAUCAUUUUCGUAAUUAUUAUUUAUAUUAACACUGUUUCCAAAAUUAUUGGCCAUCUCCUUAAUAUUCUGUUGACUUGUGUCAUAUUAUACAAUAAUAUAUUAAUACGUAAUAUGUAUUUAUAAGAUUGUAUCGUAUUUCUUAUAUAUAAAACGUUAAAAAAAUAUAGACCAACCGUCAUAACACAACAAAUGUAUAUUGAAAAUAGAUAUAAUAUAUAUUAGUUUUCAAAAAUCAAAAUUGUAACCAAGGUCCUUGGUACUUUUGUUAUUUAUUAAAUAUUAUACCUAUUUAAAUUUAUUAUUUUUUUUUUUUAAAUGUUGUAUUCAUAUUAUUAAAAAUUAUUUAUAAACUGUUUAAGAUAUCUAUUUAUUAAAUAAAUACAUACGAAUUUAUCAUUAAAAAACGCUUGUAUAACAUAAUAAUAUUUUAUACUUACAUUUUUCCACGUUUAAAAAUCAUACUAUAAUAAUUGACAUUAUAUGUUUGUCUUUAUAUACCUAAAUAUAUAUAUUAUAUAAAUAGGUAUUUUAAAUAAGAAUACUAGUUUUGUCCGUUAAUUACCUAUAUUAGAUUAUGGACAUAGAUGAACCCAGAACUAUCAGUGAAUAAUUAAAUAUCAUUGAUAGUAACACAAUUAAGACAACAUUUUACUCAUUUCACGUAAUCUAUUAUCUACCUAUGUAAUAAUAAUAAUAUAGCUAUAUUAUAUAUUAAAUAGCCUGAUGUAGGACACAAAACUCAAAAUCAAUAAAAAAUUACUUUAUUCCUUAUUUGGUAGGUCCGAAAAUUAAUCAGUAAAUCAAAUCAAUUGUUUAAAUAUAUUUGUAUAGUAUUAGUUUAUUUUACAAGUAAGAAAUGUCAUAUUAUAUUGAUGGACUAAUAUAUUAUUUAUUUAUCUGUGGACUGUGAUAAAUAAGGUUCUAUUGGUGCUAAACCACAAAUAAAAAUGUUAUAUAAUAUGUUGACAAAUAUUUUAGUACCUACUAUAGGUACCUAUUGUAUAUGAACACUGAUCUUGUUUGUUUUUUACUUGUUUUUACUUUGUUUAGUAAUAAUAUUUAUUUGUGGUUAAAAAAUAUUGUUACCAACACCAUUAGCCAAGCUAAUUUGUUGAAUUAUUUAUAUUUUUUAAGAAUAACAAUGAAUGUAUUAUAAUAAUAAUUAUAUGUUUUUAUUAAAAAAAUAUUGUUGUCAACGUUAU